ACUACUUACAGUUCACCGGCUUACCCGUUUUCCCGUCUCGUUUCUCUCGCUCAUCCAAAUAUUUUAAUAUUUUGCCGAUCAUUUUUUCGACUUCAGUCGAUUUUCUUCUCGAUUUUCUCUUGCAUAUUUUACAAAGGCAACGCAAUAAUGAAGAUAUUUACUGUAGCAGUGAUUAUGAUGAUCGUCGCAACUGUAACUGUUCCCAAUGAGGCAACCGACGCUAGACUCGACGUGGAUUAUAUGGAAGAGUUUCCAACUAUUCAUAGCAGAUGUCCGCCAAAUGUAACUGCAGAUUUUGAUGUGAUCUUCAAUGGUGAGGAUUCGUCAACGGUUAAAGGUUGUGCCUCACUCGAAUUUAGAUCUCGUCAUAACUCUAACGAAAUGAAAAUGUUCAGCUUGAAGUUUGGCCGUUUGAAUAACGGUGUUUGUGUGUCAGGCGACUAUGCAGAUGUGGACCAGUUGAUGUUUUCUUGUACACCACAAUCUGCCAUGCCGCCACUAGAAUUCGACAAUGGAAAAGUGUACAUACUCAACGGCCUUGUCCUCAAACCGGCGGGCAAAAUCCAGACCAGAUGUGUCUUGUACAAGAUGACGAACUCCGUGAUGGACAUGAUGGCAGUUAGUGGUACCACAUCGUGCGAAGGCUUAUCACGCAUGAUGUUUUAUUCAAAGGCAACGCCCCUCAAAGGAUCAAUGUUGUUGCGGUUGAACAAACCCAGAGACAAUCUACGACAUAAGCGCUCCACAUCAGAAGAUAAAAAUUCAACACAACUGAACUUUUCAGGGUCUAGAUAUUACUGGGUAACAGGUUGAUGGAUUAUACGUUUUUACAUAACAAUUUAUUGCUCUGGUUCUAAUUUUUUAAAUAAUAACUUUCAAAAUAAACACUAAUAAACUAACGAAAACAUUUUAAUUUUCCAUAAAAUUAGUGACCAUGGGCAUUUUGCUUUUAAAUUUGAUUAUCAUUUUCACACAUUGUAUUUUAUAAAGUACUUAAUAAAGACAUUUUCA